CUCCGGCCGGCGGCAGCUCUCUGCCCGCCGGUGUCACCGCGGCGGGCGGCGGCUUCCCCCGCCGGUCCGGGGAGCGCCGAGCCGCCCGCCCCCGCUGCGCCGUUCUCCACCCCGGUGCCGCCGGGCUCCUCCCGCGGGCAUGAACGGCUACGGCUCCCCGUACCUCUACAUGGGCGGCCCCGUGUCGCAGCCGCCACGGGCGCCGCUGCAACGGACGCCCAAGUGCGCCCGGUGCCGCAACCACGGCGUGCUGUCCUGGCUGAAGGGCCACAAGCGCUACUGCCGCUUCAAGGACUGCACCUGCGAGAAGUGCAUCCUCAUCAUCGAGCGGCAGCGGGUGAUGGCCGCGCAGGUGGCCCUGCGCCGGCAGCAGGCCAACGAGAGCCUGGAGAGCCUCCUCCCGGACUCGCUGCGCUCCCUCCCGGGGCCGCCGGGCAGCGCCGAGCCCUCCGCCGCCCCUCCGGGGCCGCCGCCCUGUGCCGGGCCGCAGCGGGCCCCCGCUGAGCUGGCAGCCGCCGCCGCGCUGCGCUGGGCCACCGAGCCGCCCCCCGCGCUGCUGGGGCCGCUCCCCAAGGCAGACAUCAAUGAGGAGCGGCUGGGUGAUGCCAGUGGAACAGACAAUGCCGAGACCUACAGUGACAAAGACACAGACCAAAGGAGUUCCCCAGACAUGACUAAAGCCAAAACCUGCUUCACCCCUGAAAGCCCAGAAAUUGUAUCAGUGGAUGAAGUUGGUUAUGCAGUUCAGAAAAAUGGUGGCAGCACAGAGAGCCGUCCAGAGAGCCCCAAGUACCAUGCAGAGCAGAACCACCUGCUGAUAGAAGGUCCUUCUGGGACAGUUUCUUUACCUUUCAGCUUGAAAGCCAACAGACCUCCACUGGAAGUGCUGAAAAAGAUUUUCCCUAACCAGAAGCCGACUGUGCUGGAGUUGAUCCUGAAGGGAUGUGGUGGUGACCUGGUGGGCGCUGUUGAGGUUCUCUUGUCCAGUCGGUCUUCAGUGGCCGGUGGGGAGAGAACUUCAGAGUCAGAUGGUCUAGUUCUGCCUUCCAAUGGGCACAUUUUUGAACACACGCUGAGUUCCUAUCCUAUUUCCUCUUCCAAGUGGUCUGUGGGAUCGGCCUUCAGGGUGCCCGACACGCUGAGGUUCUCUGCUGACUCCAGCAAUGUUGUGCCCAAUCCUCUGGCCGUACCUUUGCAGCACCCGUUCCCUCAGCCACCUCGCUACCCGCUGAUGCUGAGGAACACACUGGCAAGAAACCAGUCCAGUCCUUUCCUGCCUAAUGACGUCACCCUGUGGAACACCAUGACACUGCAGCAGCAGUACCAGCUGCGGUCCCAGUAUGUCAGUCCUUUCUCUAGCAACUCAGCCAGCGUCUUCCGAAGCUCUCCUGUCCUUCCUUCUCGCUCCUCGGAAGAUCCUAGGAUCUCAAUCCCUGAUGACGGAUGUCCUAUUGUGUCUAAGCAACCUCUUUACACAGAAGAUGAGUAUGACGAAAGGUCUGAUUCUUCAGACUCAAGAAUACUCAACACAUCUUCAUAGAAUGACAUUUGGCAUACGAUAAGUGAUAUUUGCAGUGCAGCUGAACUACUGGGCCUGAAGAGGAGAGAUGUAUACUCUAUGAAACCCUUGCAAUUGUACUAAAACGUGACUUUGCUUGGUAUUGUACUAUAGCAAUAAAGACAUAACCUAUUUAAUUUCUUGCACUUCAUUGGAUAAUGCCAAAUAGCAAUACUCUGGCUUUAGCUCUGAGUGUGUACUACAAAGAAAGACUUUACGGCCGUCGGUUAUGGGACUCUGGAAGAUUCGUAGCGGAAACUGAAGCUCAAGGUCUACUUUGUUCCUUAACUCAGACAACUGGGGAUAUUAAACUAGAAUACUUGAAUGCUGUUUUAUAAGAGAGAACUCCUCAGGACAUAAGAAAUCAAACAAAAGUAGUUCAAUUGCAAAUGGACUAAAACAAGGACCAGUCAUCAUCUUUACAUUGAAAGAAAAGGCAGAAGAAUUAUGCACAUGGAAAUAGCAUGAACUGCUUCUGUACUAUUUGAGCUUGGACACUUUUUAGAGAAAUAAUCUUACGAGUUAUUCUUUUCCCAUGGCUAGGUCGAAACGUGUAAUGUCAGUGUAAAACCAAUUACAGCUGUGAAUUGCAUGAAGUGUAUUGUGAAAUGAACACAAGAUUAAACAUUGUCAGGUUAAUGUAGCAUGCUAAGGACUCUAGAAAAAUAAACUAAGAUGAUGAUCUUG